AUGCCUUCUCUCUACACAGUCACAGAGCUCAAGUGGAGAAACAUGUCCCUUGAUCAAAACACAAGAUCCUUUAUAACUGCAAAUAUGCCUGUUUAUACAUAUAAUAUGAAGGGAGACUGGAUUGCAGAUUAUCCAUAUAUUCAGGAUAACUGCUAUUACGGUGGAUAUGUGGAAGAUACUGUAGACUCUCAGGCCCUUCUCUCUACCUGCACUGGGCUUUGGGGACAUGUGCAAAUUGGGAAUUUACGGUAUGAAGUUGAACCUAUUGAAAAUUCUCCCACAUUUCAACACCUUAUUUAUCGAACGACUCCAGAGCACCUUGAACCAUGCAGAGGGAUUGUUGAAGAUGGAGUAGAGUUAGCAAAUGAAGCUGGAGAACUGAGAAUGGUUGACAGGGAUGACCCGAUUUCUUCUGCUAGAGGACUAGAUGAUCCAGAAUAUUAUACGACUACCCGAUAUCUAGAGUAUUAUGCUGUUGUUGACAAAAGCACGUUUAUUCUCAAUCAUCGUAAUGAAAGUCGAUUACUGUUGAUAAUGCUUCGUAUGAUGUCAGAUGUUCACAGUAUAUACUUGCCAUUAGGUUUUCGCAUUUAUUUGGUAGGCCUUGAGUUGUGGACAGAGAGAAACUACAUAACAAUUGAUACUGAAAACCUUAGCAUGACUUUGGUGGCAUUUUAUCAUUAUGCCAGCUAUGAGCUUCAGCAUCGUGUACAUUUUGAUCAUUCGAGCAUAAUUACGGCUAAAGGGGUUCCUGCUGGACUUGCAUGGGGAGACCGUUUUUGUCUUUACACACAUGUUUCAGUGUCUGCUGUUCGUACAUAUAGAAAUCCUAAAGUUGAUGCCGAAACAAUUGCUCAUGAGCUGGGUCAUUCUCUUGGCUUUGCACAUGACGACACACCAUUAAAUAAAGCCCGGGGCUGUGACUGCAAUUGCACCAAGCCUGGCAGCUGUAUAAUGGCAGCAGGGGGCAAUCCAACAUGUUCAAGACUGAGUAAUUGCAGCAGGCAGGUAUAUUAUGAUACAAUCAGAAAACCAGGAAAAGAAUGUUUUCUUGACAUACCUAGCAACGUAUUUAGGAGAAAAAUCUGUGGAAAUGGUAUCAUUGACGACAAAGAAGAAUGCGACUGCGGCCAUGAUGAGGGUCUGCAGAGCUGUCUGACCACCACUGUGGGUGGUUACUCCAAGCCCCUUCUUCACUUUGAAACACCACAGAAAAGGCAGGGGGAGCGGGCACACCCCCAGACUGAAAGAAAGACUGCUUCUGAAGAUGUUGCAGCAUCUGAGAAGGGGGAUAAGAUAGCUGUGGGGGCCGCCCAUGGAACGCUCAUGCUAGAUAGUGAACUAGAAGGAGCAGGGAUCCUGAAUCUAUUCAUACAACCAGGAAUGAAAUUUUCAGGGGCCAGUGAACAGUUUUUAAAACAGUGGAUGCAAAGACCAGAAAAUCCAUAUUCAUUUGCUGACCACCCACACUCUAAAGACCUGUCUGAAUGCCGAAGGAAUGGUUGUUGCCAAAAAGACUGUAAAUUCUUGCCAGACAUUGACUGUCUUUAUGGACUUUGCUGUGAGAAAUGUAUGUAUUUAGGAGAGGGAAGAGCGUGUAGAGAAGCUGCUUCCGAGUGUGACCUCCCAGAGUACUGCAAUGGGACUUCCGCCAAUUGCCCACCGGAUGUUCAUAAGCAAGAUGGGACGCCCUGUAGCAACAGCAACCAUUGUUUCAUGGGAAAUUGCCUUGAUCUCCAUAAACACUGCACAGCUCUUUUUGGCCAAGGUGCAAAACAGGCCCCUCUGAGUUGCUUCAAGGAAGUUAAUAUGAGAGGCGACCGGACUGGCAACUGUGGCGAGGAUGGACUAAAGUACAAGAAAUGUGAUGAAGAAGAUGUCCUCUGUGGAAGGCUCCAGUGCAUUCAUAUUAAGAAAAUUCCAAAAAUGUUAACCAGACAAGCUGUAGUUCAGACUCCAGUGGAGGAUACCUUAUGCUGGGGUGUAGAAUUUCAUCUUGGGCGGGACAUUUAUGACCUUGGAGCAGUGAGAGAUGGAACGACCUGCGGCAUUGACAAGAUAUGCAGAAACAGAUCAUGUGUUGACCGGGACAUUCUGAAUUAUGAUUGUGAUUUCUCUAAAUGUAACAACCGAGGGGUGUGCAACAGCAAGAGAAACUGCCAUUGUUCUUAUGGAUGGGCCCCGCCCUUCUGUUCUGGCAGAGGCUUCGGGGGAAGCAUUGACAGUGGGCCCCCUCCGAGUUACAUGAGUAAGUAUCCGCUGCUUCCAGCCCAUUUGGGCUCUUACCUUCAAGGGGCUUUGCUAGUUCCAGUCUCUGGGGAAUCCACCCAUGGACAGUUAGUGACUAAAGGACAUUCUUGCCUGUGCUUUGGCUAUUGA